AUGACCGAUAGUGAGAGUAAAGCGCGGCAGAAGUUGGAGGAGGCCGAGAAGAAGUCCAAGAAGUCCGGAGGGUUCUUUGGCCUUUUCGGAGGAGGUGGCAGUGUUCAUGAGACGUGUGAUUUGUAUGUUCAGGUAAGUAUAAUUAGAACACGUGUUUGUUUGCCUUUCAUAAUUGGUCUUUCGUUGUUUUUGCAUUAUGAUCUUUGACAAAUGAUAUUGUUUUAGGCCGGAAACUUGUUUAAAGUGGCCAAAAACUGGACAGCCGCUGGAAAUGCCUUCUUAAAAGCUGCCGAACUGUAUGGCAGUUCCCAGGAUGGAAAACAUGACAGUGCUAGAGAGUACGACCAAGCUGGAAACUGUUUCCGAAAAGUUGACACAGCAGUGAGUUGUUUUGUUUGAUUUUGGUAUUUAAAUUUAGAAAACCGUAGAAGUAGAUACCUAAAUUUAAAAAAUCAAUCUGAUAAGCUUAACUUUAGAAAGCCAUAGAUUGUCUGAAGAAAACAGCUGAAAUCUACACAGAUAUGGGAAGGUUCAACAUGGCGGCCAAGGUACACACGACGAUUGCCGAAAUAUACGAGACAGAUUCGCCUGACAAACAACUAUGCGCAAAGCAUUAUCAGAUCGCAGCCGAUUUUUACAAAGGCGAAGAAUCCAAGAGUUCUGCCACAAAGUGUCUAGUGAAAGUUGCUCAAGUCUCUGCCGAACUUGAGCAAUAUAGAAAAGCCAUUGAAGUUUAUGAAGAGAUUGCGCUGUGGGAGGCUGAUCAUCCAACGUUGAAGUACGCGGCCAAGAAUCACUUCUUGCUGGCUUUGUUGUGUCAUUUGUGCGUGGACCUAGUAAGUUUUUAUUCAUUUUUGUUUAUAUUCACAGAAAUAUUAUUUUUUUAGAAAUUAAAAAAAAGUUUACUUUGUUACCUAAAAUAGUAAACAUUUUACUUUGGACUACAAUAAUAUGAUAUUUUCUCAUCUAAAUUUUUUGUUUUUAGCUUGACACACAGCAAGCCCUUCGACGCUACGAAGAUGCCUCACCUUCCUUCUCCGACUCGAGAGAAUACAAGUUCAUUAAAGAACUGACGAUUGCCAUGGAAGAGCAGAACCCAGACGUCUUUACUGAAACUGUAAAGAACUACGACAAAAUUAGUCGUCUAGAGCCAUUCCAAACCACGCUUCUAUUGAAGGCGAAGCGGAACUGUGGUGAAGGUGCGAAUACUGGUGUUGGAGCUGCUGCCGGUGAUGAUGAUGAAGAGGAUCUGCGAUAA